AUGUCUCCGACGGUAACCACAGAAAACUUGAAGUCUGAACUUGAAAUGUUCUGCAUAUCUUGUGAAGAUGACUCUGCAUUAGAAAAAAUGGUGGAACAAUGUCUUUGUAACGCAAUCAAUGCAGACAAAUGGGUUUUAGAAUGGGUUGCAUAUAGUACCACAAAAAAUGGACUGGCAAUCUCUGUGGACACUCUGGAACAAUUUGAACACGAGGUGUUAAAUAAGAGGCAUAAAUCAAAGCAUAGCUCCAAAACAGAAGAGCGACACAGACCCAGGGACAUUCACACAAUACAGGAAAUAAUAAAAGCAGAAGAAGAGGAAGAUAAUCUACUGGACUGCUAUACUACUCCUUCAAAAGGCUCCCAGAAACGAGUGCUGACCACACCAGAAAACCCUUACUCAAAGAGGAGCUCAGCCUUGUUGGCCAGUCCUGGCGUCCUGUUGUCUCCUGCCUGCUUUUCUCCCUGUCCAACUUCUUCACAGAAGUAUAGUCAACGUGGCGGGAAAGGAGAGGUGGUGGUUUCGUUUGGGGCAGUGCAGGGUACACGUUGGGCUGGGAGGAAAGCUCCCAGUGCGGAGUUACAAUUGGAGCUACUGGAAGGGCCUGAGGAUUCCCUCCGCAGCAGUUACAAGUACAUGUUCCAGAGACUGCGAGACAUUCGCAAUGUGUUGACAGACAAGAUUGAGAUGCUCGGAGAAGACCUUAGGUCUCACUACAACAUUGAGGAGUUUUCCCCUGCUUCACUGCCAGCACAGGACAGUGUGUCAGUUUUGGGCCAGGUGUGUUGUGACAGUAAUGGCAAAUUGAACGCGCAGUCUGUUUUGUUGGAAGCGGGACAAGAGCAAGGUGGUCAGCAAGUACGUGUGGACCUGUCAGAGCUCCAGCAGUACUCACUGUUUCCUGGCCAGGUGGUGGCAAUGGAAGGGAUGAACACAACCGGAGGGAAAUUGAUGGUUUCUAAACUCUACGAGGGUAUCCCACUUCCCUUCUAUUCAUCAGAAGCUAAAAUGGACUCAGAUGAAGAGCCGGUCAACGUGCUAGUGGCUUGUGGGCCUUAUACUCCAUCUGACAGCCUGAACUUUGAACCUCUCCUGGACUUGAUUCAUGUCAUUGGAAGGGAUCGUCCUGAUGUGUGCAUACUGCUUGGUCCUUUUGUCGAUUCUAAACAUGAAGAAAUUGCGAAAUCCCAGGUGACUGAGCCGUUUGAAGCUAUUUUUGCUAGAUGCAUUGAAAGCAUCUUGGAAGGCACAAAAUCCGUAGGCUGUCGCCUAGUGUUUGUUCCGUCCCAGAGAGACAUCCACCAUCAUUACAUAUAUCCACAGCCACCUUUCACACUGCCAAGCCUCUGCAAGAACCCACGAGUGACUUUGGUUCCUGACCCCUGCACUGUGCUGAUUAACGGUGUGACGUUUGGCAUAACCUCCACUGAUAUCCUUCUACACUUGGGGGCGGAGGAGAUCAGCAGUGGCACUGGCUCAGACAGAUUUUCUCGCCUUCUGAAGCACAUACUGACACAGAGAAGCUACUAUCCACUGUACCCACCCGUUGAGGAUGUGAACAUGGACUAUGAGAAGUUCCAGAGCUUUGGUCAGAUGCCACUCACACCAGACAUUCUCAUCAUUCCAUCUGAGCUACGCUACUUAGUCAAGGAUAUAAUUGGCUGUGUAUGUGUUAAUCCCGGACGCCUGACCAAAGGCCAGGUGGGUGGCACUUACGGACGGCUACUCAUUCAGCGUGCCGCCUCAGUAGACGAAGACGAGAAAAGCAUCCACCAUUGUUUGGCAGCUCAGGUGGUAAAGAUUUAA